GUGCGUACUUCCGGCUGCCGGGUUGACAUGAAGAAGCAGCGGCGACCAGGACGGCAGUAGCGGCGGGAGUCGAGGCUUGCCGCGGGGCUCGGAGCUGAGAGCGCGGCGCGGCCUAGAGCGGCAGACCGUGCAGUGGGCCCAAGAGGAGGCGCAGCAGCCGCCCUGGCCCGUCAUGGAGAUGGAAAAGGAGUUCGAACAGAUCGACAAGGCCGGGAGCUGGGCGGCCAUUUACCAGGAUAUCCGACACGAAGCCAGUGAUUUCCCAUGUAGAGUGGCCAAGCUUCCUAAGAACAAAAACCGAAACAGGUACAGAGAUGUCAGUCCCUUUGACCACAGUCGGAUUAAACUACAUCAAGAAGAUAAUGACUACAUCAAUGCCAGUUUGAUAAAGAUGGACGAAGCCCAAAGGAGUUACAUUCUUACGCAGGGCCCUUUGCCCAACACGUGUGGUCACUUUUGGGAGAUGGUGUGGGAGCAGAAAAGCAGGGGCGUGGUCAUGCUCAACAGAGUGAUGGAGAAAGGCUCGUUAAAAUGUGCGCAGUACUGGCCUCAGAAAGAAGAAAAAGAAAUGAUCUUUGAAGACACAAAUUUGAAACUAACCUUGAUCUCUGAAGAUAUUAAGUCGUAUUACACGGUGCGGCAGCUAGAAUUGGAAGACCUUACAUCUCAAGAAACUCGAGAGAUCCUACAUUUCCACUAUACCACGUGGCCUGACUUUGGUGUCCCAGAAUCGCCAGCUUCGUUCCUGAACUUCCUUUUUAAAGUCCGCGAGUCAGGGUCACUCAGCACGGAGCAUGGCCCUAUCGUGGUGCACUGUAGUGCGGGCAUCGGCAGGUCGGGGACCUUCUGUCUGGCUGACACCUGCCUCCUGCUGAUGGACAAGAGGAAAGAUCCUUCUUCUGUUGAUAUCAAGAAAGUUCUGUUAGAAAUGAGGAAAUUUCGGAUGGGACUGAUCCAGACAGCAGACCAGCUCCGUUUCUCCUACCUAGCUGUGAUCGAAGGUGCCAAAUUCAUCAUGGGAGACUCUUCAGUACAGGAGCAAUGGAAGGAGCUCUCCCACGAGGACCUGGAGCCCCCACCCGAACACGUCCCCCCUCCUCCCCGGCCGCCCAAACGAAUCCUGGAGCCACACAAUGGGAAGUGCAAGGAAUUCUUCCCAAACCACCAGUGGGUAAAGGACGAAACCGGGGAGGAUAAAGAAGACUGCCCCGUCAAGGAAGAAACCAGAACCCCCUUAAACGUCCCUUGCAGCGUGGAAAGCACGAGUCCAGACACUGAAGUCAGAAGGCGGGUCAUGGGGGCAGGUCCCGCCCAGGGGGAGCCAUCACCGCCCAAGGAGGAGCAGGACCAGGCGCUGACUCCCUGGAAGCCCUUCCUGGUCAACAUGUGCAUGGCCACGGUCCUCACGGCCGGCGCGUACCUCUGCUACAGGUUCCUGUUCAGCAGCAGCACAUAAUCUCCUCCACUCCACCUCCACCCCACUGUCCGCCUCCGUGCGUAGAACCCGCGCCCGCCUAGCAGGCACGCCGUGGUAGGUAAGGGCCGAGGACAGCGUAGCCGGCCGUGACCUGGACGGACGUUUGUUCUGCACUAAAACCACCCUCCCCGGGCUGUUGGUCUUACCCCUUUUGACGGUGUCCCCCCUCCCUUUCCUUUGAGCACCAAAUCCGCAACCCGUUUUUUGAGGAGAACGAAGGAGAGUACGGGGCCGGUGGCCUGUGCGGGUCGCGAGGCUCGCCCUGCCCGGAGCGUGCUCUCGGCGUGGCCGGCGCGUCCGGGUGGGCGGGCAUACGCUGUCCUCCCGCGGACCUCUGCGGAGACUCCACUCCAUAUUUAUUGUUUGGUUUUUCCCCAAAGGCGUCCGUAGUGCACUAGCAUUUUCUUAAACCAAUAAUGUAUUAAGAACUUUUGAUGUCAGCCUUGCAUCAAGGGCUUUAUCAAAAAGUACAAUAAUGAAUCCUCAGGUAGUGCUGGGAACGUUAGAUUUUGCCAUGAGCCUGCUGCGUCAGACCAGUACUAGGAAGGAGGACGGUUGUAAGCAGUCGUAUUUCGUGGCAUUGUGGGUAACGUGAGAAGAGGUUUGGCAUAUGUUUAUAGGACAUGGGAUAAUAUAUAACGAACACUUGGAUAUUUAAGAUACGUGGUGUGAGAUUACUUUGUCCCAGUUACCCCCUCCCAGUUAUCUGCUAGAACCUUGUUCUCAAUCACUGCUUUCCCUGUGUGUAUUAGAAUAUGCAUGUAUGGUCGUCUUGUGUCCUGAUCCAGUACCACGUGCUUGAAAUACUUAGCUCUCUGCUUAUUAAUGUGCCCCGUGUACAAGUCCAGUCUACCUUCGCAUGACCUGAUCGUUACGUGGCUGUGGUUCCUAAGGCUGUUGCUGAAAUAAUCACCAUUCCGCAAUGGGGUGAUGUUUUUCAGUAACAGAUAUUUGCCUAAUACCUGGCAUGGCACUCUGGUGACUUCCUGGUGAGGCCCCGGCCUGUCCUUGUCCAGCUGGGUCCCACUGUAACUCAGACAUUCCAAGGAUAUGGGAAGCCAUAGUCCCACCUCACGCUCUGGACGUUUAGGCAAGCACGGUCCCGUUACCACCCCCCCCCCCCCCCGCUCCCCCUCCCCGACACCUUGGGGAUCAGCCUCCACUGUCAGAAGUUGACGCUCUUCUCGAGCAGACCAUGAUUCGGAACCAAGGCAACUGCUGGAAACCGCACUUCCUGAAGCAACCCGGGUGUCGGGCCCUCGGAGUCCGCCUGCCGCCAUCCCGGUCCAGGGGCCUUGCUGAGAGCCACGUCUGCCCCCGCCCUUGAACCCUGGGGACUGAUGGUGCUCACGACUCUUCCUGCAAGGGAACUUAAGACCUCCACGUUAAGUGGCUUUUUUAAACAAGAAGAAGAAGAAAAACAAAACAAAAAAACAAAAAACAAGGCAGCUGUAGCUCACGAGCUGCUCAUUCGCCAGCAUUUUCACGUGUUGCCUUUCACGUGUUAGAAGCCCGUGCAGAGAAAUUCUGUGGUGGGAACGUUUGCGGCAUCACUGUGCAGAGCCUUGGAGAGGUGCGGGUGAGGCUGAGAUGCCAGGCUGUCAGCAUUUUUGAGUUGGGCUUGUGUGUUUGUUUUUAAAGUCCUGUAUAUGUAUGUAGUAGUUUGGGUGUGUGUAUAUAGUAGCAUUUCAAAGUGGAUGAACUGGUUUAAGCUCCUGUCCUUGGAAAACAGACGGCUCUCCAUCUUGUUACACGUAUGUUAGAGAAGUAGCGAGCUGCUCUGCUAUAUGCCUUAAGUCAAUAUUUACUCAUCAGGUCAUUAUUUUUUACAAUGGCCGUGGAAUAAACCAUUUGUACGAAAAUAAAAACAAACGAAAACA